AUGUCGUUCGCAGAUCUGCCAAAGUUCGAUGACCUCGAGGACAAGAAGCGCUACUGGCCAGCAAAACCCAAUAGCAAAGAUGAAGGGCUCGGUAUGCUAAGGUAUCUAACGCCGAAGCAUGUUGCACAGGUUGUCAAAGACGAAGUGAAGACUGGCGAACGAGUGUGUCUCAACUGGGAGAUGACCAGGCUUGAGACUCCAGCAUCAUCAGGAUUCAAUCGCUUCCCAUGCGAGCACGAAAUUGUGCCGAUCCCGAACUAUGAAGGCAUCGCUUGGGACGACAUCUGGCGCUUCAAUCCGCAAGCCUCCUCGCAGUGGGACGGUUUCCGCCACUACAGCACUCAAAUGGCCGACGGAACCCGCCGAUGGUAUGGUGGUACCACCAGCGACGAGAUCACGAAAGGUGACAGCGGCCGAAUUGGUGUCGGUCACUGGGCGCAGGAUGGCAUCGCUGCACGAGGCGUCUUCAUUGACUAUGUUUCCUACCAGGAGAAGAAAGGCAUGGAAGUCAACGGCAUGAACGGCCAUGCAGUUACUCUCGAAGAAGUUAAAGAAAUUGCCGCUGAAUGUAACAUUGAGUUCAAACCUGGCGACAUCUUGUUCAUGCGCAUCGGUUUCACCAAGACCUGGGAAUCUCUCAAUAUGGACCAGAAGAUGGAAUACCGCACAGCGACCCAGGCCCACAAGCACAAGCAUACGGGCUUGAUCCAAAGUGAAGCUGUAGCCCGUUUCAUGUGGGACAACCACAUCGUAGCGGUUGCAGGCGACGGGGUCAGCUUUGAAGUACGCCCAAACAGAGAUAACGAAUGGUCAAUGCACAACUACUGUCUCGCCGGCUGGGGUGUGCCUAUCGGCGAGAUGUUCGAUAUGGAAAGGUUGGCGGAGCUAUGCAAGAAGUUGAACAGAUGGACGUUCUUUGUCACUUCCAGCCCGCUGAACCAUCCUCAGGCCGUGUCGUCGCCACCGAACAUAAUGGCACUCUUCUGA